AUGACUGUUAGAUACGGACAAACUAUGCCUUUUGUUUGGUCACUUAUGGAGCGCAAAAGUACGAGGGCUUAUGCCGCGGUAUUUCGAGAGAUUAAAAGAUUAUUACCAGAAUUGGUAAUCAAUGAGUGUAUGAUCGACUACGAAAAAGCGUUGAAAAAGGCUAUUCGAGAGGAGUUUCCUGGUGCUGAUAUACAUGGAUGCCAUUUUCAUUUCUGCAAGACAAAUGUUAAAUAUGCAUGUCAUAUAGGCUUAAAAGUUUAUUUGAAGAACAAUGCAGAAGCUAGGCACGUAUUUUUAUUACUUUUGGCUUUACCCUUGUUACCAGCUAAUCAAACCCGAGAUGCCUUUGAUCAAAUUAAAGCUAACAUGCCUCAAGCGAUUCAACAAACAAUGAACAGAUUCUUGCAAUAUUUUGAACGCGAAUGGUUUAGAAUAGUUACUCCAAAUGUUUUCAGUGUUUUUGGUUUAAUCAGAAGAACUAAUAACUGCUUAGAAGCAUACCAUCACACAUUGAUCAACAAAUUUGGUGCUCACCCCAACAUUUGGAUGUUCACUAGUAAUACUUUUAAAAUAUUGAAAAAUUAUUAA